AUGACCCUAUGGCGAGAAUAUCAAGGCUCGGCUAGGACUGAGUUGGGCACAUAUUUUGUCGCCAACAGCAAUGAGGGCUUUAGACGAAAGAAUAUUCGGAUUUCGCUAGUUGUUACUGUAACGGAUAUGAGGACUUGUGCCGGCGAGACUCCCGACCAUGAUUGGUUUAGGCAAUGGGGCCCCAACCCCCAGCACCUGCAUGCUGAAGCAGUGGGAGGGCCGGGUUCUGACUUAUCGUCAGCUGAAGGGAAUAAGAAUGACCGAUUUGUUCCGGCAGUGCGCUCGGUGCUCGAGUAUCCCCGCCGAAACCCAGAACUCAAAUGGAUCGAUCGCAUGCGAUGGGUAAGUACGGAAUUUUUUCUUAUGGCGCAAGAGACUAGACCUGAGGGAAAAGUCGGGCAGGAGCAGAGUGGCACAACGGCCCAACUAGGGAACAAUAGUGAAAAUGAAGAAGGGGGGCUUCCUGGCCACUCUUCCUUAGCCGCUCGUGUACCACAAGCACAACCGCUGAAGUCUCAGCACAUCCGGUACAGCCCGCAGGCGAUUAUUGGUCAUAUGGGCCCGGCUGAGGACAACCCCCAAGUUUGUCCUCGCCUGUAA